AUGGACCGGCUCCUGGCAGGAAAUGACCAGCACCCGCCCGCCUUAGUGCUGGACGUGUACCCCGAGCCCCCACGCCGCACGCCGGCGCCGGCGCCGCAAACCUCGCUGCCCAACCCCGUCACCUAUCUGACAAAGGCCUUCGACCUCCUCGUGGACCGGCCUGUGACCCUCGUGAGAGAGUUUAUAGAGCAGCAGCAUGCAAAAAACAAGUAUUACUACUACCACCGGGAGUUCCGCCGGGUGCCGGAUAUCACCGACUGCAAGGAAAACGAUGUCUUGUGCAUGUUUGAAGCAGAAAUGCAAUGGAGAAGAGACUACAAAGUUGAUCAAGAAAUUGUCAACAUUAUCCAGGAAAGACUGAAGGCCUGUCAGCAGAGGGAAGGCGAGAGCUACAGGCAGAAUUGUGCUAAGGAGGUGGAGCAGUUCGCACAGGUGGCCAAGGCCUACCAGGACCGUUAUCACGAAUUGGGAGCCCAUUAUUCAGCCAGGAAGUGCCUGGCAAAGCAGAAGCAGAGGAUGCUCGAAGAGAGAAAAGCUGCCAGAGAGGCUGCUGCUGCUCAUUGAGUCCCUCCCACAUGAAUGACCAUCUCUUGCUGAAUAAAAACAGAGACAAAAACCCGUUUCUGGUGUCACUUUCAGCCCUCAACCUUGACUCAUUGAUGAAUAAAAGGCAACUAUUAGCAGG